CCAAAAGUGCCAGUGACAGAAUAGCAACUUCCGCUUGUUGACAUUCAACCUAUCUCUUUCUUUUUGUCCCCGUCCGAUUGCGGAGAGUGCACACAUUUUGUGCCAGGUUUUAAAAGCUGCAAAAGAUCGGAUAAUUUCCCUCUAAAAUGGCCAAGCGUACCAGAAAGGUUGGAAUCGUCGGUAAAUACGGUACCCGUUAUGGUGCUUCGCUGCGUAAGAUGGUGAAAAAAAUGGAAAUCACCCAGCACGCCAAGUACACCUGCACGUUCUGUGGCAAGGAUGCCAUGAAGCGUACCUGCGUAGGCAUUUGGUCGUGCAAGCGAUGCAAUCGUGUCGUUGCCGGCGGUGCCUGGGUGUACUCGACCACGGCUGCCGCUUCAGUGCGAUCAGCUGUCCGACGUCUGCGUGAAAUGUAAAAAGCUUGACACAGAAUCAGGGGAUAGCGAAGUGAUGCUUUUCGAGACGG